UCCAGAAGUGGUUGGCUCUGAGAUGGUGUCAAACAGAAUGGAAAAAAGCUUGCAGUUAGCCUGAACCAGAGCAACGACAGCACCAAUAAAAGUGCUCCCAGGCAAAACAAACUCAAACCUGAAGUGACAACUGAAAUGGUGCGGUCCUCCAGUGUAAUGGUUUCAAACAAGGCUUCAAUCUUAUCAGAACCAAAGUUUGGCCUGAGAGAUACUAUUGUUAAAUCUCAGCUAGUGCAAAUGGAGGAUUCCUACACACACAUCCAGCACUUCAGGUUUUUUGUUGGGACAUAUAACGUGAACGGUCAGGCACCCAAAGAGAGCCUCCAGCCUUGGCUGAGAUGUGAUGCUGAGCCUCCGGACAUUUACUGCGUGGGUUUCCAGGAGCUUGAUCUGAGUAUGGAAGCCUUCUUAUUCAAUGACACACCAAAGGAAGAAGAAUGGUUUAAAGCUGUAACUGACAGUCUUCACCCAGAUGCCAAAUAUGCAAAGGUGAAAUUUGUGCGUCUCGUGGGAAUCAUGCUUCUGUUGUACGUGAAAGCAGACCUUGCUUUGAAUAUCUCCGAGGUGGAAAUUGAGACUGUGGGAACUGGAAUCAUGGGGAGGAUGGGUAACAAAGGUGGUGUUGCCAUAAGGUUUAAAUUCCACAACACUAGCGUGUGCAUUGUGAAUUCUCACCUUGCAGCUCACGUGGAGGAAUACGAGCGGAGGAACCAGGACUUCAAAGACAUCUGCUCUCGGAUGCAAUUCUGCCAGUCGGAUCCAAAUUUGCCCCCUCUCACUAUUGGCAAACACGAUGUGAUCUUAUGGUUGGGUGACCUCAACUAUCGGCUGGAGGAACUGGAUGUGGCAAAAGUGAAGCAGCUUGUAGAUGAGAAAGCAUUUCUAGAACUUUGCCAAUAUGACCAGCUAAAGAGGCAAAUGAAUGCAAAUGCAGUCUUUGAAGGCUUUACAGAGGGAGAGAUUUCUUUUCAGCCAACGUACAAAUAUGAUGCUGGUUGUGAUGACUGGGACACGAGUGAGAAAUGCCGUGUUCCAGCAUGGUGUGAUCGGAUACUCUGGAAAGGGCAGAACAUUACUCAGCUGAGCUAUCGCAGCCAUAUGGCUUUGAAGAUCAGUGAUCAUAAGCCAGUUAGUUCUGUGUUUGAUAUUGGGGUGAAGGUUGUGAAGCAGGACCUCUAUCGAAAAGCCUUUGAGGAAAUAGUGCGCUCCCUGGACAAGCUGGAGAAUGCCAACAUUCCCUCGGUGACCCUCUCCCGGAGAGAGUUCCAUUUUGAGGAUGUCAAAUACAUGCAGCUGCAGGUAGAGAAGUUUACAAUUCGCAACGGACAAGUGCCCUGCCAGUUCGAAUUUAUCAGCAAACCAGAUGAGGAAACCUACAGCAAGGAGUGGCUGACUGCUAAUCCCAGCAAGGGCUUUCUGCUGUCAGACGCUGAGAUCACAAUUGAGUUGGAGGUGUUUGUUAAUAAAUCAACAGCUACACACUUAAACUCUGGAGAGGAAAAACUUGAAGAUAUCUUGGUCUUGCAUCUUAGCAGGGGGAAGGAUUAUUUUCUAUCUGUAACAGGAAACUACUUGCCAAGUUGCUUUGGGUCUCCCAUUCAUAUGCUGUGUUACAUGAGGGAACCCAUCCAGGACAUGCCAGCAGAAUCCAUUCGGAAACUUACCCUGAUGCCACUAGAAAUGAGUGAUGAUGCUGUUCAAGGUGAAAAGCCUAUGGACAUUCCAAAAGAGCUGUGGAUGAUGGUGGAUCACUUGUACCGCAAUGCUUCCCAGCAGGAGGACUUGUUUCAGCAACCAGGCCUCAGAUCCGAAUUUGAGCAAAUCCGAGAUUGUUUGGACAAAGGAAUGCACGAUACCCUCCUUGGCAGCAACCACUCGGUAGCAGAAGCCCUGCUGCUCUUCCUGGAAAGUCUGCCAGAGCCUGUCAUCUGCUACAGGUUGUACAGCAGCUGUUUGGAGUGUGCCAGCAACUACCUGCUGAGCAGCCAGAUCAUCUCUAACCUGCCGAGGUGCCAUAAAAAUGUAUUUGAAUAUCUAAUGGCAUUUCUACGAGAACUACUGAAAAAUUCAGGGAAAAACCAUUUGGAUGUGAAUGUUCUUGCUAGUAUAUUUGGUGGCUUGUUACUUCGGCCUCCUCCUGGACAUCCUGCGCCCGAUAUAACUGAAAAGAGGAAAGCUCAGCAAUUUAUCCAUGAGUUUCUCUUGAGAGAAGACAAUUUGCCAUGAAUUUCAGAUGCAGCUAAUCUAAUUUUUAGAUAUCAAAUUACUGUAAAAAUAUUUUUUGUACAGUAUACUGGCUUUUUUUUAAAUAUCACAGUAUUUUAUACAAUCUACUGCUUUUGAAGGCACAGAUCAGGCACUUUUAAUCAGGUGUCACUGUUUAAGCUGUAAAGUAUAUAAAAUUUCUAAAUAAGCUGUAUGUAGACAAGCAAAAAUAUAAAAGCUGGUAUUUACACUGUAUUUUAUUUAACUUGUAUUAAACCUCAGAAUUUUUAAGUCCUUGUUAUUUAAAUAAAAAGAUCUUGGUGCAUUUUUCCA